AGUGCAGCAAGCGUCAAGAUAUGGCGUUUUGUGAAAGAUAAUUCGUAAAUAAUUUAUUAUAAUAAUUUAAAUGUUAGUGCAGUUUUGUAACUUAAAAUUAAUAUGAGUAGAUAUUACGAUUACGGUAACGCGAUAUCAUGUUGACAUGAGAUGGUCGCUCAUCAACAAUGGUUAAAACACGAUCUUCAGCGAGGGUAGGAAGUGCGGCCCAGAGUGUUCCCCCUGAAAAUGGGGCGUCCGAGCUUAGAACGAGACUCAAACCUACAGAAAAUGGACAUCGCUCGCAAAAGGGCUACAAUAGGAACAAUCAAGCCCUGCCGGGCAGUGGCGGAGUGCCGGGCAGCGGGUCGCAGGGCAAAGACCCCCUGGCGCCCGCGUUGCCAGGAUCCCGCACGAUGUACCAGCACCCUGCCGUCAGCGGCUACAAUACUCAGGACUCGCGCGGACAGACUAUGCCUGUCACGGCGCGGCAGAACCCGAUGUACGGGUCGGGAAUGUACCACGGGUACGGCGCAGGCGCGGGAGCCGCGACCCUCGCGCCUAUGCCCUCCCCGUCCCCUACCACCCCCUUGCCGCCAUUCCCCGUGCACCCGGACGUUAAAUUCAAGAAACUCCCGUUCUACGACGUGCUAGCGGAGCUAAUGAAGCCGUCGACGAUGAUGCCGAUGCAGGCUGGCCGCAUGCAGGAAGGCACGUACAUCUUCCACCUGACGCCACAACAGGCUACGGAGAUCGCCUCCGGGAAGGACAUCGUCGGCACGAGUAACAAACUCGAUUAUGUCAUUCAGGCACAACUGAGAUUUUGUCUACUGGAGACUUCUUGUGAGCAGGAAGACUACUUCCCACCUAGCGUUAAUGUCAAAGUUAAUAACAAAAUGUGCCCCUUACCAAAUCCAAUCCCAACGAACAAACCGACGCCGGAGCCGAAGCGGCCGCCGCGGCCUGUCAACAUCUCCUCCCUGGUGAAGCUGUCCCCCACGGUGGCCAACACGAUCCACGUGACGUGGGCGGCGGACUUCACGCGCGCGUACGUGCUCAGCGUGUUCAUGGUGCGCAAACUCACCUCCGCUGAACUGCUGCAGCGGCUCAAGAACAAGGGCACAAAGAAUCCCGAUUACACGCGCUCUUUGAUCAAAGAGAAGCUAUCAGAGGACUACGACAGCGAGAUAGCGACGACGUCACUCCGCGUCUCGCUGAUGUGUCCACUGGGCAAGAUGCGAAUGUCGUGUCCGUGUCGACCUGCGAAUUGCCCACACCUGCAGUGCUUCGACGCGUCGCUGUUCCUACAAAUGAAUGAGCGCAAGCCGACGUGGUUGUGUCCUGUGUGCGACCGCCCCGCGCCUUAUGACAGCCUAGUCGUUGACGGGUACUUCCAGGAGGUGCUGACGUCCCCGCGGCUGUCGUCGGAGUGCAACGAGAUCCAGCUGCACGCCGACGGCAGCUGGUCGGCGCAUGCGCCGCCGCCGCGGGCGCCGCCGCCCACCGCCGCCGAGCCCGUCACGCUCAUCGCCGACGACCUGGAGGUAAUACCUGUAGAGGGCGGCAGCAGCGGCGGCGGCGGCAAGCGCGCGGCCGUGGGCGAGAGCCGCGCGGCCAAGUCGGCGGAGGUGCUGGUGGACCUCACGUCCGACUCCGAGGACGACGUGCCGCUCAAGAGGAAGGUGCCACAGCCCAAGGCCACGCCGCCCGCCAUCGAGACUACCAUCAAGAACGACGACAACUACUCCUCUUCCAAUGAAGCGGUGUCGUCGAGCGGCUACCGCUCCCCGGGCGCGGGCGGCGGCGUCAUCUCGCUGGACAGCCCCUCCCCGCCCGCCGCCAGCCCGCCCGCGCCGCGGGACGCGCGCCCGGACCGGGACAGCCGCGACAGGGACACGCGGGACACCCGCGACCCACUGCCCGACCGCCCGCAUCUCUCCAUCACGCCUGUUGAUCGCUGCACCAGCAACAACACAGAGCGCGAGGGCAGCGAGCCCCCGCCGGCGCACUGGGCGCCCUACGCGGACGCCGAGCGGGACUCCCUUGACAGCUAUCGCAGGUACUGACUGAGGGAGAAGAGUGGCCGGCCGUCGUACGCCAGUGGCCACUCUUCAGAGGAGGACCAGGAACAGUACCCAGAGGUGCCGCUGCUGCCGCCGCCGCCGUAGCCUGCCCACCCUGCACCGCAGGACGAGCCAUGAUACCAGACAUACCUUUACUCUUACAAGGACGGAACUAUUGUCGCCGAACUACCAACAUAAAUCAAUCGAUAGUAUUGCUACACGAUAGUUUUAAAACUAUAGAUAGUAGUUAGUGGUGGCGAUUCGGGCAAGCAACAAUUUAAUUUGACAGGACUAAAACUAGCUGUUUCUUUCUUGCACGUGUUGUAAGUGAACGGCUACGAUUUCAGCAAGGCUAACAUGCGCAAAGUGAUAAAAUUAUCGAUCGAUUAAAUAAUUUUUGUCGAAAUCGAUAAGUUUUUUCCCUAACAUGCGUGGCACGUGAUUUUGUUCGUAUUUUGACAGAACGACAUGACUGAUUUGGGUUAACAUAUUAGCAUCAAUCGAAAAAACGACAUAAUUAUAUCGUCAGAAUCGAUGAAAUGACCGUGACAAAAUUUAAUCACGUUGCGCAUUAUAGCCUUAUAGAGCUGUCAAAUUAAUAUCAGUCUAAAUUUGUGUGCGCUCGAAUAGACACCAUUACCGUAUAUUAACCUCUCAUCUGUUGAGAUCUUUCCGACAAACAAAUUGGUAAUAAUAUCUACCUGUCGAUACUAUUGAAAUAACUAUCGAUAGUUCACUGUCGAUCAGCACCCCUAGACAGAAUAUCUACAAACGAUGUCCUGGGAGUCUAAAGGGACCACAUCAAAGCAAUACUAAAAAGCAA